AUGGAGCAAGAAUGGCAACUGGACGAGGGGUUUCUUUCAGAAGUUAAUGCACAACUACGGCAAGGGAAAGAAGACGGGGGCAAGGAACUUGAGGCUAUGUUGCAGAAAGUUCUGCAAAUCUAUGCUUCUGCUGUCCUCUCUAAUCACAGUUAUGCCGAAAAAGGGCUCGACGAUCGGAGAGCCUAUCCAUCUUCUACAUCAGCAAUUCUAUCAGAUAAAUCUUAUGAUUUUAAACACAAAAGAUCUUCCACCAAGUGGAAUAAUGAUCUAUCUGAAGCUGGCAAAAUUACCCCUGCAUUAUGA